CGUUGCCAUAGAUACGGCGCAACAGCACGUUUCCCUUCGGAGAGUCGGAAAAGUUUGUUUUUACUGAGACACAAAUUCCUUUCAAAAUAGUUUUUGCUUUAAAGUUUUCGACCAGAAAGAAGGACGAAGACCUGAACUGGAGAAAGUUUGUUUCCGUUUCCGUUCAGGGUCCAGGACGACAGCAGCUCUUCUGCAUCAUGUUCCUUCUUUAACAAGUGAAUCCUAACACCUGCCGUUCUGGCACGAGAUGGAAGCUGAACUGCGGUCCGCCUUUGAGGAGCAGCUCAGAAUCAGGGAGGAAGAUGAGAAAGAAAGCACAAAACAACCAGAACUGUCGGUUUCCCACAAGAAUCUGGAGUUUUUUAACCCACAGUCCUACACGACCAACUCUGCGGUUGAGAUCCGUCUGCUGAACAUCGCCGACAGUUUCCAGCGUCAGUAUGCGGUUCUGUUUCCUGACCGCAAACCGCUGCUGCUCUGCCCGCUCAACGAGUGUGGUGUGCGGAAAUUUGUAUCAACAACUCUUCAUCCCUCUGCGACCGGCCUCUGUGAACUACAAAGCUGGCAGGCCUGCGCUUCCUUUGUGGCCAACUUCAUGUCCCUGGAGCUGCUGGAGCCACCUGUAGACCUGCCCAAACGCUUGUUCUCCCCCACGUCGGUCCUACGGACUCGGAGGGCUUCCUGUUUUGAGUUCGCCACACUGCUGUGCAGCCUGCUGCUUGGCAUCAACUAUGACGCCUACUGUGUCAGCGGCUAUGCGGUCAGAGACAUGUGUCUGCUCGACCAGAGCCGGCUUCCCUGCCCCCUACUGGACCCUGAAGUCAAGGAGGAGGAGGGCGCCCAGCAGGACCCAGAAGACCCGCUACGAGGCUUACGGGUCCACUGCUGGGUUCUGGUGUUGGCGGGGAGCGGCAGCAUCCAGGAGAACUUUUUUAUCGACCCUCUCACCGGCCGUCGUUACCCCACAGACAGCAGCAGCUUCCUGGGCGUUGAGAGUGUGUGGAACGAACUGAACUACUAUGUUAACAUGCAGGACUGCAGGAACGGCUGCAGUGGACUGAAGUUUGACCUGGAAGACACAAACAUGUGGGAGCCCGUCCUGCACGGAGCCACCAGCAGAAAACAUCUGAUUCCUGACGUGCUGAAAAGAAAGGAGAACAGAAGGAUCAGCAGUGAAGACGAGCAGGAGCAGCCCAGAGUCUUUCAGAUGCCCAGAUCCUGGGUCACUUUUAUUACCAUCCAUGAAAAAGACCUGGAGAAUCUCUGGCCUGAUGGGGAGAAAGUGACCUUCUAUAAAAAAUCAAAGCUGGAGAGAUUUGCUCCGUAUCUGAAUCCAGACGGUCUCAUCACACGGCUCACCACGUACAAAGACCAGGACUGUGCUGAGGUCGCCGUGGUGAAGGAGUGGUACAAACACAGAAAUGACAGCCUGGAGGAGAGAGAAGUCAACAAACUCCAAGACUCCACCUCUGAGCGCUUCAAAUAUGGAAGACGAUUUCAGCUCCUGUUUCACAGGGUCACUUCACUGAGCUCAGGCAUUGAGCGACAGAUGGAAUUCAGCAGCUAUGUUCGCCCUGAUUACCUGGCACGGAGGAUAUGGUCACCCAAUGAGAUGGAGGAGUUCUACGAGGGUCGCAGAGACUUCCUCUGGUACCGAAAAGUCAUCUUUCAGUCACCGGAUCAGAUUGACGAUUCAGUCUGUUGGAAAACUCUCAUAAGGAGGAUAAAUGUUCUGACUGUGGUGGAGCGGUUUCAUAGGAACACCACCAAACCUGCAAAUGAAGACGUGGCUGAGCGUGUCUUCCUGGUGUCCGAGGGACAGUUUGAACUGACCUUUCACUUAAUGGACCACCGGUUUAUUCCAUCCAAGAAAAUCCUUACAAAGCCGCCAUUCAAAAAAUUCUCAAACGACUGUGUCUCCACCUUCCAGAUGGACCUGCGUGCAAAGCCUGUUUCCACACUGGCUCCGUACAAGAUACUGGAGGCCCUGCAGAAGGAAGAAGACCAGCUGGCAGCUGAAAUCAAAACUUCACUGAAAGAGAUGGAGGACAUUAUAGCCUGCAGAGCCCAGGAGGAGAAGGAGGUGAAGCUGAGAGUCAGGAGAAAAGAAGCUGCUCCGAUAUGCAAAGACAAGGAGCAGAAGGACGAUAACCGUUUGAAAAUCGAGGAAGUGGAUGUUCUGGUCAGCAAGAACCUGGAUGCAGAGGAGGCCAGGCGGCUGUACCACUGCUUCCUGGAUGAGUUCAAAGACAAAAUGGUGGCACAAGCCAACUUCCUCCAGGAGCGUUAUGAGAAGGUCACACGGGAGUUGCAUGCAAAACAGAACCAGUACCGGCGGAACCACCUCACGAUGACAGAGAAGCAGCAGGAAGAAUACCAACGCUUCUGCUCAGAGAAAACAAUACAGAAGAAAGCCACUCAGAUUCGCCUCAACAGGCACAAGGAACUGGCUCAUCAAACGUACAAGGCUCUGGAACAAAAACUACAACAAAACCCAGCCUUCCAUCCCCACCUGAAAAUGUGAUGGCUUUUGGUGGAAAACACGGGAACACACUGAUAUUUUGUUCAAAGCUCAGACAUCAUACAAAAAAUUGUCUUUGCUCUAAAUAAACAGUGAAUGUAUAGCCCUUUUGUUCCUUCCAUCAAGGUCCAAAGCGUCUGGAUCAAAUGCCCAACCCACCACACGGAGCUCCUCUAGAUGUUGAGGAGCUCUACUUCAAGCUCUACGUGGUUGACUGAGCUGCACCCUACAUAUAUGGAAGCGCUCAGCCACCCUAUAGAUGAAGCUCAUUUUAGUUGCUUGUAUUUGGGACUUUGUUCUUUUGGUCAUGAUCCAGAGUUCAUGACCUUAGACGAGUAUUGCAACAAACAUUGGCCAGUAAAUUGAGAGCUUUACCUUCUGACUCAGCUUUCUCUACAUCACAAUGGACUAAAUUUGCCUGCUGUGGUUUCCCCUGAUGACACAUCAUGCAAACACUUUCUGUGUUCAUUGUUCUGUUUUAAAAUCUGUUCUGAAAAUUAGAAAAUAGCAAAAAAUUGAUGGAUGGGAAAUGUAGUUUGAUCCAUUCAUGAGGGUAAAUACUGAAGGUGACGAUUAAAUAUUCAGAGUUUCUUGUCAUAUGAAAGUAUGGAAACAGUUUUCCCUGUACAAUGAAGUUCUUAUUUUUGCUGUUCCCCCAAAAGACAUAAAAAUGCUUAUGUAACGCAAAAUAAAAAUAUAGAAUCUGCA